AUGGCGAGCCCUGCGGGAAGAGCCGCGCGUCACCGGGCGGCCGGCGUGGCACCGCUGGCCCCAUGGACGUCCCUGGGCUUCAGCGGGGACACGAGCAAAAGAGACCAAAGCCACCGCCGGGGAGGGGGUCGGGCAUCACAACAGGCCCAUGCUGUGACCCCGCGUGACGCUCCCAAGGCCAAGCGCCCGCGGCUGGAGGCCGUCAAGAAGCUGGACUUUGGCAUCCAUGACGAGCUGCUCCCCGAUUUCCACCCGGAUGCCGUUGCCUCCCCGGCGGCACCCGCUGCCCCGCAGAGCGCCAGGGGAAUGGCGUUCUCCAGCUUGGACCACCUGGGUAUGAGUGACAUGGUUCCUCUGCAAACCACGCCGCCCUCCGAGAAGAGCCCGAAGCGAGUGCUCAAGCGCCCGCCCAUCCUGGAGGACUACGUCAACGUGACGUCCACCGAGGGCACCCGAGUCUUCCUGGUCCUGAGGGAAGAUUGCUCCAGGACAGGGGUGGAGCUCCCCGACUCCCUGGGCUGGAACGCGCAGCGGCCGCUCUACUUGCUGGGGGUGCCUUUCUCCUACCUGAAGGAACAAGUGUACGAAGAGCGUCGACGGCAGGUUCUGGAGGCGUCGCAGCAGCUCACCGAGAUCAUAAACAGCUGCCUCGAGAGCCAGGUCAGCGAUGACACCGUGGAGCCUCGCGAGGACGCGGGGAGGCCAGAGGACGAGCAGGAGGCCUCCUCGCACUGCCUCUGGGUGGACAGGUUCACUCCCCGGCGCUACACCGAGCUGCUCAGUGAUGAUUACACAAACCGCUGCCUCCUGAAAUGGCUCAAGCUCUGGGACACGGUGGUGUUUGGCAAGGAGAAACCUGUGAAGAAAGUGAAGCCCAAUGCUGGGGCUCAUCCUCCGCUCAAACAGCCCAAGGAGCAGCAGAAUAAGUGGAAAAGUAAGGUCCAGCUCACAGAGGAGAUUCUGGAGGCUGAGCUGGACCAGUACAAGAGACCCAAGUACAAGGCAGCGCUGCUGUGCGGCCCGCCGGGGCUGGGGAAGUACGUGCCGUCGCUCAGGCCGCUGCGGGAGCAGAUCGCCCUCCGGCAGGGCAUGAAGGCGGACACGGGAGCGCUCCUGGCCCUGUGCGAGAAGACGGAGAACGACAUCCGCUCGUGCAUCAACACCCUGCAGUUCCUGCACGGCCGAGGGCAGAAGGAGCUAAGCAUGCAGAUGGUGCAGACGAUGAAGAUAGGCUUGAAGGACCAAAACAAGGGGCUCUUCUCCAUUUGGCAAGAGAUUUUCCGGCUCCCAAAGGUUCAGAGGCACAGGAUAGGAAUGGACCCGGCUUUGCCGAGCGAGCUCCUCGGGGUCGACGACGGCCUGCUGCACGCCGGGGCCAAACCCGGCUUCAACGCGCCCUCGCACCGCUUCCACCGCAUCCUUCACCUGGCCACGGCCGCGGGGGAGCACGAGAAGCUGGCCCAGGGCCUCUACGACAACUUCCUCAACAUGAGGAUGCGGGACUCGUGUUUCGGCUCCAUGUGCCUGGCGCUGGAGUGGCUGGAAUUCUCUGACAUGCUGGGCAGCGCCGUGCUGCACGGGCAGAGCUUCCAGCUCCUGCGGUACCUGCCCUUCCUGCCCGUGGCUUUCCACCUGCUCUUCGCCGCCUCCAGCAUCCCGCGCCUGGCGUAUCCCAACAGCCAGCACGAGGCGCUGGCCAAGCUCAACCACAAGCAGAACCUGGUCAUGGCCCUGGUGUCGGGGAUCGCGCCGGGCGCCCGCAGCCGCGCCGGGAUGCAGGUGCUCGUCCUGGAGGUGCUCUGUCUGCUCCUGGACAUCAUCGCUCCCAAGCUCCGACCGGUGAACACGCAGCUCUACAGCCUCAAGGAGAAGCAGCAGCUCGCGGCCCUCAUCAGCACCAUGCUGGCCUACAACCUCACCUACCACCAGGAGCGCACGCCCGAGGGCCACUACGUCUACAAGCUGGACCCGAACGUGGAGGACGUGUGCAGGUUCCCCGACCUCCCGGCCCGGCGGCAGCUCACCUACCAGGCCAAGCAGCUCAUAGCCAGGGAAAUCGAGCUGGAAAAGAUGAGGAGGACGGAGGCUUUGCUGCAGGAGCGCAAGGGCCACGAGGUGGGUACGGCAGGACCAGGACGCGGCUCCCGCGGCCGCAGCGAAGGGGAGGAAAAGCCCCAGCUGGCGCCUCUCCUGCUGCAAAGGAACCACGAGCAGCGGCUGGAGCUCCUCGUGCGCAGAGGUGGCAGCGGCGACAAGCCCGAGACCGACUUCUUUGGACGCCCGCUCGUCAGGAAGGCGGCAGCGCCGGCCCCAGCCUCCCAGCCCGACGAGCAGGACUCCAUCGAGAAGCAGAUGGGGACGGCCGUGGGGAGGAGCGACGUCUGGUUCCGAUUUAAUGAAGGGGUUUCCAACGCCGUCAGGAGGAAUAUCUACAUCAAAGACUUGCUCUAG